AUGGCUGCCUUGGUAAAGUUGAGAACCAAAAUAACAGAAAAUCAGAAAGAGAUAUUAUUAAAGUUCUUUGACGAAGGGAUGAUUUCGAAGGGAAAGGAGAAAGCUGAGUACCACAACAAGGCCGCCCAAGAAACGGGGCUAGACAUUAACGUUGUCAAGGAAUGGGUUGGGAAUCAUGCUAAGAAACUGUCAGGACGCAAAUAUACGUAUGGCAGUCGCACAGCUGUUCACUCCAAAGGUGUUUCUGCAUACAAUCUGUAUGUAAAAGAAACGAGAGAUUCAUUAGGCCCUAUGUCAACAUGGGCAGAAUCCUGGAACAUGUUAUCACCUACAGAAAAAGGUGAAUAUGCAGAAAGGGCAGCUGUCAUAAAGGACCAAGCUGUCUUGAAUCCAGCCAGGGCGAUAAAACAGAUGAUCAAAGAGAUUCAUUCAAGGCUGGAGAUACUUCAACAGCUCGGAGUAGACCUUGCUGUCAUUGGAAUAGAAAAUGGCAGCGAAGUUGUUUGUGGAACUGGGUUGGUCCAUUCAUACAUUUGCCAAAAACCAGAAAUCAUGCAGGAUCUACGCUCAUUUUUGUUGCGAGAUGCUGCUACUGGAGUCACCACAGGCUUUAAUUACAAUAAGGUGAUUGGACAGACUGUUGAAGUCUCAGGUCUUCCAGAAAGUGUGAUGCCACUGAAGCACUUGUCUCAUUACGGUGUGGACAAGUUAAAGCAAAUUCUGGCCGUGCAGAAAAUACAAGUAAUUAACAGACUUCAAACUACAAGUUCAUUGAGCACACCAGUGGAGGUUGCGCCAACUUCGAACUGUACAAGUUCGUUGACCACACCAGUGGAGGUUGCGCCCACUUCGGACAGUACAAGUUCAUUGACCACACCAGUGGAGGUUGCGCCCACUUCAGACAGUACAAGUUCAUUGACCACACCAGUGGAGGUUGCGCCCACUUUGGACAGUACAAGUACAUUGAGCACACCAGUGGAGGUUGCGCCCACUUCGGACAGUACAAGUACAUUGAGCACACCAGUGGAGGUUGCGCCCACUUGUGAUAUCAGUUAUGAUGAAUGGAUGGAAACACAAGCAACUACCUUUAUAUCAUUAAUGACUAAACAAGAGGCGGUGGAGACAACUACUGACAUUUUCACUGUUGAAACCUUACUGGAUGAAAGGAAGGUAGGAAGAAAGGUCCAGUAUCUGGUGAAGUGGGAGGGUUAUUUAGAACCAACCUGGGAAGACAAAAGAAACAUCAUAGACAAAAGCUUACUAAAAAACUUCAAGAAACAAAAAAUCUGUUAAUUGGAUUUAAUAAUAACAAGAAUAAGUAAUCUUUUGUCAAUAUCAAAUGAUAAUCAUCCAUUUACCAAACUGUAUUUCAUUAGGUCUUGUUGUGUCAUUUUCCCUUAAAUACGGUUAACUUAAUUUUUUAACAUUCAACUGUCAUUUUGGACAAACUGAACAAGACUUUUUGUUAUAGCUA